GCCGGAGGCGUCACGGUCGUAGCGCGGGAAGUGCGGGCGGGAUCCCCUCACGGCCGGGAUCCCCUCACGGCCGGGCAGCCGGGCCUGGUGGCCGCGGGGCCCCCGCGCAGCCGAGGCAGCGUGUUGUUUGCCCGACACCUGCCACUGGAGCUCUAGGUCUGCUUUCCUGCAAUGAGCUGCUGAAAGUCUCCUCACAGUGAGAUCAAGGUGUUUUUUUCAGCUCAUCUUUCCACAUGUCAAGCUUUGCCUGACUCUUCGGUUUCUGGCAGUUAAAAUUUUAAUUUUUUUUGAAUGGCGACAUUAAUUCACACUUUAGCAGAUCAUAGUGAUGAUGUCAACUACUGCGCCUUCUCAACGUCGUGCUUGGCUACUUGUUCCUUGGACAAAACAAUUCGUGUUUAUUCUUUGAGCGACUUCACGGAGCUCCCGUACUCGCCUUUGGAAGGGCACGCGUACGCUGUGCACUGCUGCUGCUUCUCGCCCUCGGGACGCGUGCUGGCCUCGUGCUCCACGGACGGCACCGCCGCGCUCUGGGACAGCCGCGAUGGCCGCAGGCUGGCCGUGCUGCAGCAGCCCGGGGCCAGCCCCGUCAGGGUCUGCCGCUUCUCUCCUGAGGCCACCUAUCUGUUGGCAGGGGCAGCCGACGGCAGCGUGGUUCUUUGGAACGUGCAGUCCUUGAAACUGUACCGAUCUGGAAAAGUUAAAGGUGGUUCUUUGAUGGCUUGUGCAUUUUCUCCCAAUGGAAAUUUCUUUGUCACUGGAUCAUCAAGUGGUGAUUUAACCAUUUGGGAUGAUAAAAUGAGAUGCCUGUAUAAUGAAAAAGCACAUGAUCUUGGCGUUACCUGCUGUGAUAUUUCUUCACAUCCAGUAUCUGAUAGUGAAAAUGGAGUCAAAUACUUCCAGAUGGCUUCCUGUGGACAAGAUAAUCAGAUCAAACUCUGGCUCAUUUUGUUUGCAGAUUUCUUAGGUGUUCAGUUAAAAUAUAAAUGCACACUGAAUGGGCACUCUGCCCCAGUUCUGGCCUGUGCAUUUUCUUGUGAUGGACAGCUGAUAGUCUCGGGGUCUGUGGACAAGUGUGUCAUAAUCUAUGAAACUAGUACUGGCAAUAUCCUUCAUACUUUGUCUCAGCAUACAAGAUAUGUUACAACUUGUGCUUUUGCACCACACAGUCCCUUACUUGCCACAGGCUCAAUGGAUAAAACUGUGCACAUAUGGCAGCUUGACCUUAAGCAACCCUGUGCAGGAGAUACUGUAGAAAAUGAAUCAAAGGUGGCUGUUGAGGACUGGUCAGAGGAUGAUGUUUCAGCCUGGCUCCGCACACAGGAUUUAGCAGACUUUGUUGGACUUUUCAAAAUGAAUAAUAUUGAUGGCAAGGAACUACUGAAUCUUACUAAGGAAAGUCUUGCUAAUGAAUUAAAAAUUGAGUCUCUAGGCCUGCGCAGUAAAGUUCUCCAGAAAAUUGAAGAACUGAGGAUGACAAUGAUCUCGGUUUCUGUUCCUGAUGAGUUCUUAUGUCCUAUAACAAGAGAGCUUAUGAACGAUCCUGUCAUUGCCACAGAUGGCUAUUCCUAUGAAAGGGAAGCCAUGGAAAACUGGAUCAGCAAUAGACGAUCUAGUCCCAUGACGAAUCUUCCUCUCCACUCUCUUAUGCUCACACCAAACAGGACACUAAAAAUGGCUAUUAGUCGCUGGCUGGAGAAUCAGCAGAAAUAGUCAAACCACUUAAUUUUGAAGUUGUUUGUUAAAAUUAAUUGAAAUUUUAUGCAGCUGAAGGAAUUCACUGUAUCGGAAACAAUCAAAAGAAGUUGUGUUUUUCUUCUAAUCUGUGGCUGGUUCAACCUUCACUGAUGGAAACUCCCAGAAAAACUUUAAGUUCCUGGUAGUUCUACUUUGUGGUAUUUCUGUUUAAGAAUCAAGUACUCAAACUCAGGAACUCAGUUUUUCAAAUAAAUUUUUCUUAGAACUUUUUACUACGUUUAUGAGUUUUGAGUCUUCAUCUUACCUUCUGAAUGACUGACUUGGCAAGAAAUAGCAAAGUAUAGGAACUAAAUUUCUUUUUCUACU